GCUUACCAACGUUAGUGGUGCCGUGAGUGCGCUAAUUUCCCGCUGUGUCUUUUUGCUUAUUAAUUCUAAGUGCGAAAUAGCUUAUCCACCGUGUUUUCGGGCGCGAAUCAACGACCUCACAAAUUACGCGUCUCCGAACCUUCGAACAUCUGACCUUUGCUAACUGUUGCCAAGUGUUUGCGUUCGCUUUUAAUUCCCCGUCUACGAGGGUGUGCGCAUUGCGAUUUUAUUCAUACGCGUAGUCAAAGUGCAACGCGGCGCAGCGAGUGAUAUCAAAGAGCAAAGGUUUUAAAGGCAUUUGUGAGACAAUAAUUGCAAAACACUGUGAAAGAGCCAUAACAGUGCAAGUGGAAAGAAACGCGAAAGCGCAAUUGGCAAGAAGCGAAUAUCCGAAACGAAACGAAAUAUACGAAGUGAAGAAUAAUCGCCGGCGCAGACGGUUGCGACGACGUCGGUGACGUCGACGAUUUAGUUGUUGUCUGCGGCACAGUGUAUGUGGAAAAUGCGCGCGCGCGAUUUAUACAAAACAAACAGAAACAGCGACAACAAUCACGAAUUCGAAAACGAAAACAACAACUACAACUAUAACAACAAUUGCAGUCACAGUGUCAAUUGCAUUGCUAAUACGAGCAGAAUUCGAGUGCGUCCGCAAGCGAAUAAACGCAGAAAGUGUAAAACGCUAGAUCAACAACAAAGCGUUCUACACGAACCGCAUCAACACAAAGUGGUACUACCGCGACUUCUACCCGCAUAGGCAGUGAUGCAUCAAUUGAGCUAUCAAAAUUAAUGCAACGUAGUUUUCAUGCGUUGUGAGAGCCAAUUAUUAAUAUUAAUAAGUCUGAUUGAAUUCUUCUUCUUCUUCUUCUUAAUUGGCGUAGACACCGCUUACGCGAUUAUAGCCGAGUUAAAUUGUCUGAUUGAAUUAGAGUUCGAAAAUUUAUAAAAAAAUUACAAUAAUAUUAUUAAUUGAUACAACACUGUUACUUAAGAGAUUUCAAUUUCGGCAGCAACGAUUAAGAUAAACGUGUUUUGAAGUAAAUUGUUACACCAACGCUUUUCCACCAAUUAACUUUUAUUUUAUUUCGGUUGUAUUGCAGCUGAAGUGAAUACAUAUAUCCGAUCGAGGAAAACCUCAAGCAGUGACGACAAUAUACAUUGUGUUUAAUCAAAGAGAAAAUUUAAAAAUAAAGUGUGUAAAUCAAAAAACUGUGUUAGCGAACGAGCGAGCCAAACAGAAGGAGCAAAAUACGAAUUUUUACAUUACAAACCGCCGAAAUAGCGACGGCUAGACGGCCAUAAUAGAGGAUUCAACCGCAUCGAACACGGCGAGCACCAGAUUUGUUUGUACGUUCAUAAACGAGCGACGGCGCCUAAAUACACGGUAAUCCAAAUUGUAGAAAUUCAUUGAUAAACGAACGACGGAAGAAGCUCAUAAGCGCCAAGCUAAGGACCGACUGCACAGCCUGAAGAGUACCAUCUAAAUAAGGUCGAAAGUGUAGAACAAAAAAAAUUAAAAUAAAAGCGAAGAAGAUAACGUAGAAAAUUAAUAAUUUUUGUAUUCGGCAAAGGUGUUAUCUAAUCUAAGCGUUUGCUCGCUUCGCACUACUUACCCACCUACUUACCAAACGGCGCAACAAACAACAUCAACAACAAACAAUCGCAACCUGCUUGCUAUCCGCGCUCGAUACGCAACGAAGUGUAUUACAGAGUCACAGAGUCGCCCAGCCACUCACUACACACAGUUCACUCGCCGCCGGCGGUCAGUCUGUCAGUCGGUGUCAGAACGCGAGCGCGUUUGUUUGUCAACAGAACAAGUCAGUUGGUUUAGUUUCGCUGUCUGUUGCUUAAAUUUGUCACAACCAAGUAUAACGCAAACGCCAAGAAGCGUGUAGGCUUGCUCAUUCUGAGUGCGUCUAAUAGCGUGUAAUCAACGACAAAAUAGUGGAGAAGUAAAUUACCGCAACAAUACUGUCCGUUUCAUAGUCCUAAAAUAAGCGAAACAAGUGAAAAUAUCGUUCUAAUAUAAAAAUAAAUUUUGCGUAUAUUUAAGGGCAAUCGAUUUUCAAAAUAAAAAUAAUUUUGUGAAGUGCUAAAGUGUUUCGAGCAGAAGUGUUAGUGAAAAGAGAAGAAGUAGAAUAAGUGCAAUCUCCACAACUGCGAAGUAAUAUCGGCUGCUGAAAAUUGAGUGUGAAAUAAUAAAUUCUUCUGCAAAACCAAGGAGACAAACAAUAAAAUCGAAGUAGAGUAUAAGAAGCUCAGCGAACCACAUGAAAAUGGCCAUCAACAACAGUACAAAAGCGUCGCGAACGACAGCAAUCAGCAACACAAGUGCAUCCAGUUCAUGCCGAUCCACGACGCGUGUCAAAAGUUGCGAAACAUUGGUCAAAGCAACAGAUAUGCAUAAAUCAGGAAGCACUGCAAGCACAACGACAACAUCGGCAUUAACAUCAUCUCCAGCAUUAUCCACAAUAUCGGCAGCAACAGCGGACGUUACUGGAAAAUUAGCGCGACCAACGCCACCGUCAACAUCGACAACUGCAACAACAAGAGCAGGGGCCUCUACAACAUCACUCAAGCUUCUUUACAAAUUCAUUAUAUUUGCCAUCUUGAUUUGCACAGCGCCGUCGCUGGUUAGCGGCCGACGGCAUGCGCCACUCUUGCUGGAAGAAUCGGAGGGUACGCGCCGAAAUAAUAGACCAGUUGUUUCGGAAUGUCAGUUUGGCAAGACAGUGCGGGAGAUCGGCUCCACCUGGUUCGCAGAUCUUGGUCCACCAUUCGGUGUCAUGUACUGCAUCAGAUGUGAAUGUGUAGCGGUGCCGAAGAAGCGUCGCAUUGUUGUGCGCGUGCAAUGCAAGAACAUUAAACACGAAUGUCCACCAACAUUGUGCAGUGACCCAGUCCAACUGCCUGGCAAAUGCUGUAAAACGUGUCCUGGCGAUAAAAAUGAUACGGACGUGUCUUUGGAUGUACCUGCCCCGGUAAACAUUGAAGAGGAGGAGCGCAACAUGAAGCAUUUCGCUGCUCUACUCACCGGCAGAACAUCACAUUUCUUGAAAGGAGAAGAAAUGAAGGCCAUGUAUGCGACAAGCACCUACAAUCCACAAAAUAUUGUUGCCACUGGUCGCUUCUUGUUCCACAAAAAGAACCUGUAUUACUCCUUCUACACCUCGUCGAAAAAUAAUCGCCCACGAACCAUACAAUUCGUUAACGACGCCGGCACCAUUCUCGAAGAGCAUCAACUGCAGGCGCCCCUUUCUGAUAUGCAGAGCGUGUAUCAAAAUGCCACUGGUAAGAUUUGCGGAGUAUGGCGUCGUGUUCCACGUGAUUACAAGCGACUCCUGCGUGAUGAACGGCUACACGUUGUUUUGCUAUGGGGCAGAAAAGAUCAGAUUGAUCUCGCUCUAGGUGGCAAGAUCGGGUUGUACACCGCCUUACAGAAGGAAAUGUUCAGCUCAUUACUGGAACCCGCACCAGGUACGAAAGCAACACUAAUGAAUGGGGCUGGUGGCACAGCUAUUGUCUCCACGACCAGCGGCGCGGCCGCCUCCGUACAUUUAACGCUUGUCUUUAAUGGUGUCUUUAGCUCCGAUGAAUAUUUGGAUUCACCUAUUAAUGUACGCGUCGAAUCACCGGAUCGAAAAGAAAUCGUUUUGGACGAACUUCAAAAAGUACGUAAACCCUCGGCUGAGAUCAAUGUCUUGGAAAUAUCUUCGCCCAUAUCCAUACCGAUGUUGCGUUUAAUGUCGCGUGGUAAAUUGUUGCUCACAAUAGAAUCGAAGAAAAAUCCGCAUUUACGCAUACAGGGAUCCAUUAUCACACGUACUACCUGCGAGCUCUUCCAGACUUUACUCACCCCACACAAUGCAGAAUCGAAAACAAAGAGCAGCGGCUUAGCCUGGGUAUUUCUAAACACUGAUGGCUCUCUUUCAUAUAACAUCGAAACAGAUAACAUUAGCACAAAGGAUAGGCCCGAAAUCAAUUUGAUGGAAGAUCUCGGCAAACGGAAAACCAUGCUGGAAAACCUUACACCAACAUUCAAUUUCAACCAAGCUAUUGGUACGAUCGACAAAUUAGGCCCAAAAGCGCUAGAAUCAUUGUAUGAGGGUGACUUAGGAGUCAACAUAGCUAUUGAGAAUGAACCAAGCCUCAUACGCGGCCAUUUUGUACCCCGCCCCAUUGCAGAUGCCCGAGAUUCCGCUGAACCUAUUCUAUUGAAACGAGUAGAGAAUGCCUCGACUGCACCAACGCAUGCCAUGGGCAUGGCUUGGUUGGCCAUCGAUAAUGAAUGUAACUUACACUAUGAGAUAACUGUAAAUGGUUUUCAAUCGAAUUCACAGGAUUUGCAAAUAUACCUCGAAGAAAAGCCAAUUGAAGCUAUAGGUGCACCGGUAACACGAAAAUUACUAGAGGAAUUCUCCGGCUCCUACAUGGAGGGUUACGUGCUCGGCAUGCCUUCCAACGAACUCGUCAAAUUGGAAAACAGUGUAUGCUACUUAGAGAUACACACAAAGGAAAGUAGUAAGCCACUUUUACGCGGCAAAUUGAAAUCUACAAAAGUGCCAUCCCAUUGUUUUCCCAUUCAUACGGAUAACAAUGUGCCGAAUGUACCUGGUGACCAUAGUGACAGCAAUCUUAUUGCGGCAGAUGCAAAAUGCUUUCAUUCAGGUCGGUUUUAUGACGAGUCCGAACAAUGGCGUAAUGCAAAUGAUAUUUGCCAGAUGUGCGCCUGCCAACAUGGCCAACCCACAUGUGAGCCGAUCAAAUGUCCCGCAAUACAAUGUAAACCCAACGAAGAGCUUGUUCGACGUGACGGCGAAUGUUGUUCCAUGUGUCUUCCGCAGAGUGUUGCUACUGAGACGGAAAGCGUUGCCGAGCAAAAUAUAAGGGGCUGCCGUUUAGGUGACCAAUUUCACUUGGCCGGUGCCAUUUGGCAUCCAUUCUUACCACCAAAUGGCUUCGACACUUGCACCACCUGUACCUGUGAUGCAUUGACUUUGGAAGUGCGUUGUCCACGCAUGGUCUGUCCACCACUACCCUGCUCUGAGAAGGUCGCCUACCGGCCCGACAAAAAAGCCUGUUGUAAAGUAUGCCCUGAAAGCAAAUCUUCACGAGGUGACAAAGCCGGUCCUUCCAAUCCGAACGUGCUACAAGAUCAGGCGUCACAUAAGACAAUAUCAACUGAAGAGAUCCUCGGCCAAGGUGGCUGCAAAGUGUUAAAUAAGGUUUACGAAAAUGGACAGGAGUGGCACCCGAUUCUAGCAUCACAUGGCGAACAAAAAUGUAUAAAAUGCCGAUGCAAGGAUUCAAAGGUGAAUUGUGAUCGCAAACGUUGCUCACGCUCUACCUGCCAGCAGACGCGUAUCUCAGCCAAGCGGAAAUUCUAUGAGAAACCCGGUGCCGGCAGUGCGAAUGCAAACGAGCCGGCCAUUGACGAGUGCUGCUCGACGCAGUGUCGACGCUCGCGCCGCCACCACCGACGCGCGCAUCAGGAUCGACCCGGCACCGUCGACGAACGACAGCAACAACAGUCAAAGCGGUUGCAGCAGCUGACAAAUUUAAACCGAAGCGGCAGCAACGGUCAUAGCAGCUGAGCGCUGCGUUCAAAUCGAAACCAUUUACAAAUACAUAUAUUUAUAUAAUCGCGCGAAUAGCAUUGUAAAAAGGAAAACAAAAUCGCUGUUUUCUUCUGAAGAAAAUACAAGUUUUUUGUGACUUUUUUAAACCAGAACUGAAACUGAAUAAGACGAAGCGAUAAACAUAUUGGAAAGCAGCACUGAAGCAGAGGAUAUCCGAGGGAGAACGAAGAUUUACCCUCUAGGCGCUUAGCAAAAACAUCAAGAAUAUUUAUAAUAAAAGAAAAAAAAGAAAGAGUGAAAUAAUUUAUGUAUUAUAACGAUUAAAGCAAAGUUUAACCAUCAUAAUCCAGCAGUAAAUAUGGAAAUGUUAACGCAAAUGGAAGUAGAAUCAGACGUAGAAAACUAAAGUGUAGUGCGCCAGUUGUAGGAGAAGAAGUAAGACAGUUCAAUGAUGCAGUAGCGGCUGCCAUUACAAAGUACACAAUACAAAAUACCUUAGGAAUACCAGUGCAGUUGCUUUAGGAUUCUAGCAAAUGUAGGAUUUCAGCACAAAAAAAUUUCAUUCAGAAUGUAUAGCUUUUCAAAGCGCUCUUCCAAAGACCAUAAAAAAAUCUGAAAAAAAGCUCUGAAUUGCAAGCGAAAUUCUCUUGAAGUAGUUUAAGAAUGUCGGAUGGAAUACCGAUUGAAGAUUUUAAGCACAAUGUAGGCUGUAGACUGAGAGUCAGAGAUCGGCGGCGGCAUAGAGAGAGAAAGACACAGUGCAAGAAUGAGAAACACAUCCCAAACGUUUCGACUGAUUGACUGAAUGGCAUAGAAUAAGUAAAAGAACUUUUAAAAAUAUAACAAAAAAAAGUUAUACAUACAUACUCGUACAUAUUUGUUUUUUAUAUUCAUUAAAUACUAAUAGUAAUUACACUGAUGCGAAGGCACAUUUUAUGAAACAAAUAUUUGUAUGCAUAUGUGUAAGUAUUACCGUUUAUAGAAUGUCUACCAGGCACUGAUAGCGCUUUGAAAUGUUUGACACUAAAAUAAACAUUUUAGCAUCACACUUUAGUAUUUUUCAAUGCGCGGGCGCUUGAAAUUUCGCCAGCUUGGAAACAAUGCAGGAGCAGCUUGGUGGAUGCAUUUAAUAACUGUAAUAGGUUUUGCCUAAAAUUAUACACAUAUGCAUACCUUUGUUUGGAUGGAUGAUUGUGAGUCCAACACAUUUGAUAUAGAAGCUUAAUCGCACCAAUGCAGGCACACCGCACACAAAAGGCAUACAACAUUACUUAAUAUACAUAUAUGCGCACACAAACAUACACACCCCCCCCCUCAAACAUAAAACACAUACAUAUGUAUACUCAUUCAUUAAUAUUAUUAUAUUUACUCGUACAACAACUGACCAUUUGCGCAUUUUCACCACAUAACUGUAUUAAUAUUUUAUUAUUAUUAUUAUUACCAUAAUUGUACAUUAUUAUUUCUUAUUAACUAUAUUUCUAAUUUAAACGAAUUCGAGUUUAGUUCUAUUAUUUUUGUGUAUUUUUUUAAGAAAAACAAUUAAAUUUAGUUAUAGUUUUAGUUGUUUUUGCCUUAGCUAAUAGUGAUUUUAUUUUUAGUUCUGUUUAACUCUUUUGUAUCAUAAACACGAUUGCAAGCAUACUUAAAAAUAUAUAAAAAAUAUAAAUUCUAAAAACUAAAACUAAAAAAUGUGAAAACAGGAUAACUGUUUAUGCUGAUUGAAUAUUUUCCUUGCUUUCCAUUCGGUAAAGUUAGAAGAAAAUGUUCAUUCAACUCUUGAGAACGUUGUGUCGGAUAAACGCUUUCAUUUCAAAAGCGCUGUAUUCAUUCUUAGCAAUUAUAAUACUAAGAAAACCAAUAACGCACAAAUCAAUUUAGCUUUUAAAAUUGUAUUCAAAUGUUUUAUAUUGAUUUGUAAAAGUGCAAAGUUAAAAAUAAAAGGUAACAAAAUUAUCAAAAACAAAAUUGAUGUUAUCGGCUAAAAUCGUUUACAAGAAACAUCAAAAAUCAUAAAACGUGCGGAUUGUUUAAAUUUGUUUGUGCAAACCACUUGCAUACAUAUUUGCCUACAUACAUAUGUACAUACAGACAUACGUAUUAGCACUAAGCUAAAUCCAAUGUAAGUAUGUAUUGUAAUUAUGUAUGUACCUUUCUACUAUUGUAUUAUAAUUUGAGAACGUUGCACAACUGUUGUGUCAAUUAUUAACUCUACAUAUUAUUUAUUUACAAAAUGCCUAUACAUACUUUACACACUGUAGCAUAAUGAAAUAAUUGUAUAUUUCAGAAACAAUUAAAAAAACAAUUUAAAAAAAUUAAAUCAAACAAAAUAAGUUAUAUUAUGA